CACCAGAACCAUGAACAACUCCUCAAUCUGCUGCGCUUUUGACGCACCCAUAUUGGAUCAAGUUUUACCACCUAUUCUCUUCACGGAGUUCAUUUUCGGCCUUUUGGGAAACAUCCUCGCCCUCUCGAUGUUCUUCUAUCACAGGGACACCUGGAAGCCCAACUCGGUUUAUCUAGCCCACCUGGCUGUGGCAGAUUCGGUGGUCCUUUUCUGUCUACCGUUCAGAGCCGACUACUACCUCAGGGGCAAGGACUGGGUGUACGGAGACGCUUUCUGUCGUAUUUUGCUGUUUCUCUUGGCCGCCAACAGGGCUGCUGGCAUAUUCUUCCUCACUGCCGUCGCCGUGGACCGUUAUCUGAAGAUCGUCCACCCUCUCAACAGCAUCAAUCGGAUGGGUCUGCGGCACGCCUCGUGGGUUUCUUUUGGUCUGUGGACUCUUAUCGUAGCCAUGACCGUCUACCUCUUAACGGACAAACAUUUCUAUUUCCGAAACAACCGCACCCAGUGUGAGAGUUUCAAUAUCUGCUUGGGGCAUAAUUCACUGUCUGACUGGCACAAUUCAUUCUACGUUAUUCAGUUCUUUGUGCCUACGUGCAUUGUUAUCUAUUGCACAGCUUGCAUUACGUGGCAGUUGAAGAAAAAGACAGUGGACAAACGUGGUAAAAUCAAGAGAGCCGUCCAGUUUGUCUUAGCAGUGGCUUUGGUUUUCAUCGUAUGUUUUUUUCCAAGUAACGUCUCGCGUAUUGCUGUGUGGGUCCUUAAGUCUUGGUAUAGUGAGUGCCAUUAUUUCCGUGAUGCAAACGUGGCUUUUUACACCACCGUCUGCUUUACUUACUUUAACAGCGUGCUCAACCCCAUCGUUUAUUACUUUUCCAGCCCUGCUUUUAGUGGAGCAAUUAAUAAACUCUUUAUGAAACUUCUAGGGAAAAAAAACAAGGACGAGGAGAAGAACAAUAGCUGUGCUACAAUAUCAACUUCUGUCUCUUAGACAAGUUCCAAUGCAAAAAUGUAUGUAGACACAAUGUAAUUUUCACAUUACUGCCUUAUGCUUUGUAUGAUAUAUUUAUUCAUACCAAAGUAGCUGCCGAUGCAUAAUCAUUUAGAUAUAAAUGUAUCUAUUCUAUACAUCUUGUGACAAUCGUUAUAAAAUUAAGUCACACAUUUAACAUUUUAGUACUUUAUUUAGUGAUAUUCUGUGCUGGGGCUGUGUCAUAUAUACCAAAAUACUGUGAUAUGCAUAUGGUUUGCAAUAAAUACUUCAAAAACUAAUUUAUGAUCAACAUUUUAGGUUAAUGCGGAUAAUGUAUUAUCUGGCAUGUGUAUGUUAGGAUAUGCGUUCGCGUGCAACUGUGCAUGAUAGGGGUGAUAUUUAAUAAUUAGAAAUUAUAUUAAAUUUUUAUUUUGCUUGUUUGCUGGUUUACAUUGUCGCAUUUGUUUUAUGCAACAGAGAAACAAGGCUGUUUACUUUCAGAAGUGAUACUUUCUUUUUCCUAAAAUCUGAAACAAAUGUUGGUUAUGUAUUUUAUUUUUAAAUACAUUUUAAUACAAUUUAAAUAUAUUUUUUAAAAAGAAAUACUGUAUCGCAUAUCGAACAUCGCAUUAUUUACCCUGUCACAUCACAUAUUACAUUUUUCAGCCUUAUUAUAUUUGUCCUGUAUUGUAUAAUGCUGCAUUUCUUGUAGGCUAUUGCAGUUUUUAAUAUUUUUCUAUAGUAAAACAUUUAUUUUAAGUUACUUGAUAUUUUUACUUUAUAUGCA